GUCGCCGUCAUGCCGAGUCGAGUUUGUAACAUGCGGAGAACCAGCUCUCUCUCUCUCGUCGGCACGAGCGGCAGCCGCCGAACGCAAUUCCUGAAUUACACUGGAACGCAUGCUGUUCCGACAAGUCGUCCUCGCUGCCACAGCCACAACACUGGCGGUGCAUGCAGCCACCACAUACUCGGGGCUAUCGUCCACGUACGGCGGCCCGGACGGUGUCGAGGCUAGCACAGGUAACUGCGCCCCCAUGAACCACCUUCCGACGGCGACCAAAUACCACGUCGCCAUGAACGACAAGCAGUACAACGAAGGGUUGAACUGUGGUCGAUGCGUUCAAGUCCAGUGCACAGACUCGCGAUGCACAUCCAACAAAGUUAUGACCGCUCAAGUGACGGAUCGGUGUCCAGAGUGCAGCCAUGGCGACCUCGACAUGACGUUGCCGCUCUUUAACGAGCUCACAGGGCACUUCACAGACAAAUACAAGAUCGAAUGGCAGUUUGUGGACUGCCCAGUCUCCGGAGGGGUCCAAGUGUGUGCGAAGGAAGGAAGCUCCAAGUUUUGGCUGUACGUCCAGCCAAUGAACACGGUGUCGGGGGUGAAGGAAAUGAAGGUGAACGGCGGCGCCGCGCCACCGUUUCUCCCGUGCUUCUACUUCAUGACGACCAAACUCGGCGUCGAACUCGAAGAGACCGAAGUGGAAAUGACGUCGUGGGCUGGCGAAACCAUCAAGACCAAAGUUGCCCUCCAGGCCGGCGCGUGUACCCAGAUAAGUCAGCAGUUUACUCGUGGACUGCCGACUUUUGAUCCUUCCGACCCGAACCCGCCGCCCCCGUCGCCUUCUCCGACCAACCCUCCCCCAGCUCCAUCGACUAGCUCAGCCAAACCAUCGACCAGCCCCGCCCCGACCCCUCCUCCCGAGACGACGGAGGCUUCCACCACCACAACGGUCGCCCCCACUUCGGCUACUACCGUCGUCCCCACUUCCACCACAACAUCGCCGCAUUACGAUACAGAAGCUGCCACCACGACCAACAACUCGACCAACUCCACGACUGACACGACCACGGUCCCUGUCCCCCCCACCACGGCUCCUUUGACGGACAGCGCUGACGCAACGACUCUGUCUCCGGCAUUCACCGAUGCGCCGACCACCGUCCCGACCAGCGUGAUCGGUGGGACCGAGAACGUCGUAAGUGUUCAAGCGUCGAGCCAGGGCGACUCGGACAGCACACCGUACGUUGUUCUUGGGAGCGGGAUGACAUUUGUGAUGGCCGUGAUGGCCGUCGUGUACGUCGUCAAGAAGUCGCGCAGCAAUUACAUGGACGAGAAAGAAUCCGAGUCAAGUCAGAUCACGCGGUUUGGACAGGCCGACACGCGGCGCAACCUCGAUUCGGACGUGGUCAUGUUGUAGAGACCACCUCCCUCUCCAGGAUGUAUGUAUGUCGAACGGACCGGUGGGAAAUGCGUGAAAAUGAACAACGAAUGUAGUUGUGUCUACUUGUC